UCCUCUGAAGAGAGGAAACAGACCCGCCAUUUUCUUACGAGCCUCCAGUCCUUUUAAACCCAGCAGGGGGAGGCGAGAUCCGAGAGGAGAGCCACUUAGAAGGAAAAAGGGGCGAGUUAGAAAAAGAGAGCGAGCGCGCGCCAGAGAGAGACAGAGCGAGCGUGACAGAGGGGCUGAGAGAGAGAGAGAGAGAGAGGACGUUUUUGAAUAGAAGAGGAAACGUUUGCUGGCGAAACAGUGCACAUCUCAGGGACUACCAGCAUUGCCGUUGGAUUUAACAUCCCCGAUUCUACUUUCCCCCUUAUUUUUUGUUUCCCCCUUUUACAUUUGUUCAAACCUGCGACGAUGUCUGGACAGAGCAUAACGGACAGGAUAACGGCAGCGCAGCACAGUGUUACCGGCUCCGCGGUGUCCAAAACGGUGUGCAAGGCGACCACGCACGAGAUCAUGGGGCCAAAGAAGAAACAUUUGGAUUAUCUGAUCCAGUGCACCAAUGAGAUGAAUGUGAACAUCCCUCAGUUGGCCGACACGCUGUUCGAGCGCACCACCAGCACCAGCUGGGUGGUCAUUUUCAAAUCCCUCAUCACCACACAACACGUAAUGGUCUAUGGCAAUGAGAGAUUUGUACAAUAUCUGGCCUCCAGAAACACAUUAUUCAACCUCAGUAAUUUUUUGGACAAAAGUGGGUUACAAGGAUAUGACAUGUCCACCUUUAUCCGGAGGUACAGCCGCUACCUGAACGAGAAGGCCGUCUCAUACAGACAAGUGGCUUUUGACUUCACGAAAGUAAAAAGAGGGGCGGAUGGUGUAAUGAGAACCAUGAACACAGAGAAGCUACUGAAGACCAUCCCCAUCAUCCAAAACCAGAUGGAUGCACUCCUCGACUUCAAUGUAAAUGCCAACGAGCUCACCAAUGGGAUCAUUAAUGCUGCGUUCAUGCUGCUGUUUAAAGAUGCUAUCCGCUUGUUUGCGGCCUACAAUGAAGGGAUCAUCAACUUGCUUGAGAAGUACUUUGACAUGAAGAAAGCCCAGUGUAAAGAGGGCCUGGACAUCUACAAAAAAUUCCUCACUCGAAUGACGAGAAUUUCAGAAUUUCUCAAAGUGGCAGAGCAAGUGGGCAUCGACCGAGGGGACAUACCAGACCUUUCACAGGCCCCCAGUAGCCUUCUAGAUGCCUUGGAGCAGCACUUGGCCUCAUUAGAGGGAAAAAAGGUUAAAGACUCCACGGCUGCCAGCAGAGCCAGUACCCUCUCCAAUGCGGUGUCCUCCCUGGCCAACACGGGUAUCUCUUUCACCAGAGUUGACGAGAGGGAAAAGCAGGUUGCUCUGGAAGAGGAGCAGGCUCGAUUAAGAGCACUUAAAGAGCAGCGUCUGAAGGAACUCUCCAAGAAACCCUCCAUGACUGCUGCCUCACCGGUUUCCACAGCGACCGGCACCAUCAGCACUACCCCAGCCAUUGACCUGUUCUCCACACCUAGUAGCUUCACUAACAAUACUCCAAAGGUUCCAAAUGAUCUUUUGGACUUGCAGCCAGCGUUUCAGUCCUCCCAGUCUCUCUCCACCGGCUUGCCUUUAACCAACACAUGGGGAGAUCCAUUCACGUCUACAGAAGCUUUUGAGGACUCCAUUCCAAACUUAAAUCCUUUCCUUACAAAACCUGUUGUCGAUGCUGUUGUGUCUUCAGAUGCUGUUAGUUUUUCUUCUAGGACACCAAGUCAUGAAUUGUUUGGUGAUAAUUACAAUCCCCUUAUUGAUUCGAGCUCUUCCAUUGCAUCACCAGUCGAGCCCACUGCUCGGAUGGGCUGCUUCUUCACAGACUCAUUCUGCUCUCCGGCUGCCUACCCUAACACUCCUCUCUUCCACUCUGAGCCCUCCGCUGUAGCUGGACUAUUCGGAGGGUUCUCUGCGCCUCCCGCUGCCCAGCCUCCCAGCUCUACAGGCCUUAACGUCGACUUUGAAUCAGUGUUUGGCAAUAAGUCGGCCGCCAACAGCACAGACUCAGCUGACGAUAUUUUAGGUGGCAUCCUAAAACCCACAGUGACCUCUCCCAACCAGAGCCUGACGCCCAGUGCCCAACAGCCAGGCAAACUUGUUUCUGAUGACUUGGAUUCCUCCUUGGCCAACCUUGUGGGCAAUCUCGGUAUUGGAAAUGGAACAACGAAAAAUGACAUCCACUGGAGUCAGCCAGGAGAGAAGAAGUUGACUGGAGGAAACAACUGGCAACCAAAGAUGGCUCCGACCACAACAUGGAACCCUGCCACUAUGAAUGGCAUGCUUUUCCCUCAAUACGCUCCCUCUGUAAUGGCCUUUCCUGCCACAACACCCACAGGCAUGAUGGGAUAUGGAAUGCUUCCUCAAAUGGGCUCCAUGACAAUGAUGACCCAGCCCACCGUGAUGUAUACGCAGCCUGUGAUGCGGCCGGCCAACCCAUUCGGCCCGAUCUCAGGGGCACAGCUCCCUACUGCCUCUAGUCCUUCCAGUUCAAGUCCUCUCAGAGCUCCGGGACAAGACCCUUUUGCACAGCUCUCUCUGAAGGAUUUCCUUUAGAGCGUCUUUAGGUACAGCAUGUCUGCUGUGUGUGUGAGAUAGAUGCAGUUCAUGUAGGCGAAGGAGGGCCAACGCUUCUCAACAAAAUCUCAAACCUUUAAUCUCUCUCCAUUUGGAUGUUGGACUCUUGAGAGAGUUCUGCCUCAGUACAAAUCUGUACAGGAAUUAGAGGGCAGGGUGGGAGGGCCAUUGUGGAAUAUGAUGGGUGGGGUUGGGGGGCUGAGAUGUCAGAUGGAAGACAGCGCUCAUUUUGUAAUUUGUCUAAUGCAGAAAACCGUCUGUUAUUUUACUGAUCGGCCGGCAUCUGUAAACAAACAAUGGUGUUGAGAGAGCGUGAGAGAAUCAGAAUGUUGUGUGUUAUCACAAACACAUCUUCACUUUAUUUUCCAGAAACAAGAGAUUUGGGUGGGAAUGGGUGGAGUUUUUUUUCUGUAUUUGAUGAUCCAAUCAAGCAUUACAUAAUUUAACCACCACCAAAUAGAAAUUCUAACUUUAUUUGUAUUGUUUAUAACAUUUGCAGUAGACAUUCCUUGUGUAUUGUCUGUAUUUAUUUAUGAUUUACCCACUGAGGACAUUGUUUUUCUUUUGUGCUCUUCCUUAUGGGAGGAAUUGAAGUAUGCAUUCAUAUGGGUAAGAUUGGUUGUAUAAUUCGGAUUUUGAGAGUGACCUGAAAUAUGAAAAAUAUAUAAUAUAAAAUGGGGGGAAAAUGGACACCUAAAAUUCACAAAUGCAGUUGUAUAUCUAGUGCAAUGUCUUUGUAGCUCAGAUGCACUCACCACCAUGCAUUCGUAAAAGACAUAUAGGAUAAAUUAUAUGAAUCAUUACGCCACAGUCAGUUCUGUGCCCCAGGGUUUAGGGUUGGGAUGGGUGCGAGCAUUUAUCGGAUUAGCAAAGCACUACAUUUGUGAUUCUGCAGCAUUGCAUUGGGGAAGAUCUGUAUUGCUUUCUGCUUGGCAUGUCAUUAUUUUACAUGGACCGUUACAUGGCUGCCUUUUCAUCCUGAAUGUGCAGAGUCGCCUUCAUUUUCGGCCCAUCUUUCUCCAUGCCGAAGAAUGAGAGAGGUUGUGUAUGUUUGAGUGUGCGUAUGUGUGUGUGAAUGUGAGGAUCACAGUUGUCAUCAGGAUGGGGUUGGUAGUGUCUUCCCAUUCGCUGUUUGUCCAGUAGAGGAAUAAAGGGGGCGCUGUUGAUCAGUGCUCAGUUUACAUACCACAGCACAUGACAGAUGGUCCAAAAAUGAGGGCGAUUCUAUCUAUUGAUUUAGCAUAUUUACUGCAAUCAUCCCUGCAGAUUCUAUUUUUGUUUAUAUAACAAAACACAAGCAGAAUUUGGGUGAUUUUCAAAUAAAGUGCAGCUUCCACAGAAUUGAGUCUCUUAUUCUUCAGUUUUAAAUGAUGAUAAACGAAUAAAGACUA